AUGGAGCGGCCGGCGCUGAAUGGAGCGGCCGGGAGCAUGAAUGGGGAAGCGGAGCGCGGCGUGAAUGGGGCGGCGCGGCUGCCGCGGGGGGGCGCUGCGGCGCCGCGCGGCAGCAGCUGGAGCCCGGGCGGCGCACGUGCCGGCGCGGGGGCGGCUCGGUGUCACCUGGCGGCAGCGGUGGCGGCGGGCGGGGCGGCGGCGCGGCCGCCCUAUAAAAGUGUCCCGCCGCGGCACAUGCACACUUCGGGGAAACUUCCUGCCUGGAGUGGCGGCGCCGGCCGCCAUGGGAGGUGCGCCCGCUCCCGCCUGCCCCGCUCCGCCCUAGGGCGGGCAGCCCCGCGGCGCGGGGCGACCGCGACCCCCGCCCCGCCCCGACCUGAGCUGCCCCCGCCGGAGGCAGCGCUGGUGAGCGCGCCCGCUCCCCGCUACCCGGUCGUGCCCCCCUGGGAGGUUCGGCGGCAGGAUGAGAGUGAACGAGAGCGAGCUGAACAGCUCCGUCCUCCCGCGGGACCCGCCGGCCGAGGGCGCCCCGCGCCGCCAGCCCUGGGUGACCUCCACUUUGGCCGCCAUCCUCAUCUUCACCAUCGCGGUGGACCUGCUGGGCAACCUCUUGGUCAUCCUCUCCGUCUACCGCAACAAGAAGCUGCGAAACGCGGAAAUUUCAUUCAUUGGAGCUGGCAGGGUAAUGUGCAUGUAAUGAGAGGAGACUCCCAACUCCAGAAGUCCAAGUGGAUUUGGGUAUUCAGUGAAUGCAGGACUGGACCAUUCUUAAAGUCAGUGAAGAAAGUUUUCUUGAAUGGUGAACCUUGGACUUCAUUUUAUGCCCUGAAAGACUAUGGGUAGCCCGACAAAUCCUUGACUCAAGGAAGAGAGCUUAGAAGAUCAAGUUAUAGCACAAAUUCAGGGUUCUGAUAAAAACUGAGAUGUUGAUGGCAAUGAACAUUAUUUCAGAAAUUAAUAACUUCCAGUAUUAAAAAUGGUAAGCUGUUUGGGAGGAGGGAAAAUGUCUAGAGAAGAUACUGAAUUUUGGCAAUUGUUGAACAGAAGUGAGCGUAAAAAUACAGUUUCAAUAAAGUUGUUCCUCAGA